AUGAGCCGCCCUCCGCGAUCCAUCCUCAUCAUCGGCUCCGGCGUGUUUGGUCUCUCCACGGCCUGGGCGCUCACCAAGAGGUCCUCCUUCGAGCAUACCGCCAUCACCGUUGUAGACGAUGCUCGUGGCGCAUCGUUCCCGCCAGGAGACUCUGCCAGCGUGGACUCGUCAAGGAUCGUUCGAGCUGACUAUGCCGAUCCAGACUAUGCCGAGCUGGCAGCGCUCGCGCAGAAGGAAUGGCGCAAGCAAGGCGAUGAAGAGCUCGGUGGGCAGGGACGGUAUACCGAGUCUGGCUUGCUGCUUGCGGCGAAUGAGUCGGCGGGGCCGAAGAUGUCGGGUAUGGGAUAUACCAGGUCCAGCUGGGAGAACGCAUCGCGCAUCGCCAGGAAGAGCGGGCAGGCUGACAAGAUCCGGCUGCUGGAAACCACCGCAGACUUGCAGCGCUGUCUGGGUGUGGACGGGCAUCCCGGUGAUUGGGGAUACGUCAAUGGACUUUCUGGAUGGGCAAAUGCGCGCGAGGGCAUGUUGUGGAUGUACGAGCGUAUCGAGGCCACUGGCAGAGUGAGCUUUGUGGAUGCCCAGGCGGAAGAGCUCGUCACCGAGGGCAAGAGAGUUGUUGGCGCGCGGCUGGACGACUCUCGGGUGCUCAGUGCAGAGGUUGUUUUUGUUGCUGCGGGCGCGUGGACGGGGAGCUUGAUUGACCUGAGAGGACGAGUGGAAGCCACAGCGCAGCCCUUGGGCUACAUCGACAUCUCAGAGGAGGAGUUUCAAGUGCUGGCCAAGCAGCCGGUGGUGCUCAAUCUCAGCACUGGAUUGUUCAUCAUUCCACCGCAGUCUCGCGUCCUCAAGGCUGCGCGCCACUCAUUCGGGUACCUGAACCCGGUGCUCGUUGAGAAGGCACUGCCUCCCUCGCCCUCGGAGGAACGUAGGCCCAUUAUCGUGUCGAGACCGCUGACGCAGCGCGACGGCAGCAGGAAUGCAAAGGCGCUGCCGGCAGACGCAGACGAGGCACUCCGCCAAGCGCUGAGGGACCUGUCGCCGGUCAAAGGGCUGGACACGCGGCCGUGGAGGGAAACGAGAUUGUGCUGGUAUUCCGACACGAGCGACGGCAACUUCCUGGCGGACUGGCACCCGGGCUGGGAGGGACUGUUCGUGGCGACGGGCGACAGCGGGCACGCAUACAAGUUUUUGCCCGUCCUUGGAGACAAGCUGGUGGACUGUAUGGCAGGGACAGGAGGCAGGCUCGGGGCCAAGUGGAAGUGGAAGAAGGAGGCGGCGAGCGAGGCAGGGCGAGAGAUUGACGGGAAGUUCAAGGGGCUGGUGACGAUGGACGGGAGCAGGGGAGGGCGGCCGGGGUUAAUAUUGCAAGAGGAGCUGCUAUCGGCAAGGUGA